AUGGGUGAAGGACCUGACAAGUGCCACCCGCUUUUCUCCCACAGGUUUGAGAAGAUGGUCAGUGGCAUGUACUUGGGAGAGCUGGUGCGACUGAUCCUGGUCAAGAUGGCCAAGGAGAGCCUCUUAUUUGAAGGGCGGAUCACCCCGGAGCUGCUCACCCGGGGGAAGUUCAAGACCAGCGAUGUGUCAGCCAUUGAGAAGAAUAAGGAAGGCCUCCACAAUGCCAAAGAAAUCCUGACCCGCCUGGGAGUGGAGCCAUCCGAUGACGACUGUAUUUCAGUCCAGCACGUGUGUACCAUUGUCUCAUUUCGCUCUGCCAACCUGGUGGCUGCAACGCUGGGCGCCAUCUUGAACCGCCUUCGAGAUAACAAGGGCACACCCAGGCUGCGGACCACGGUUGGUGUCGACGGGUCUCUUUACAAGACGCACCCACAGUUUUCCCGGCGUUUCCACAAGACUCUGAGGCGCUUGGUGCCCGACUCCGAUGUGCGUUUCCUCCUCUCGGAGAGCGGCAGCGGCAAGGGGGCUGCCAUGGUCACCGCGGUGGCCUACCGCCUGGCCGAGCAGCACCGACAGAUCGAGGAGACCCUGGCCCACUUCCGCCUCACCAAGGACAUGUUGCUGGAGGUGAAGAAGAGAAUGCGGGCUGAGAUGGAUAUGGGCCUGAGGAAGCAGACGCACGAGAAGGCCGUGGUCAAGAUGCUGCCCUCCUUUGUCCGGAGCACUCCAGAUGGGACCGAGCAUGGUGACUUCUUGGCUCUUGAUCUUGGAGGAACAAAUUUCCGUGUCCUGCUGGUGAAAAUCCGCAGUGGGAAAAAGAGAACAGUGGAAAUGCACAACAAGAUCUAUGCCAUUCCCAUUGAAAUCAUGCAGGGCACCGGGGAAGAGCUAUUUGACCACAUCGUCUCCUGCAUCUCUGACUUCCUGGACUACAUGGGGAUCAAAGGCCCCAAAAUGCCUCUGGGCUUCACGUUCUCAUUCCCCUGCAAGCAGACAAGCCUGGAUGCGGGAAUCUUGAUCACCUGGACAAAGGGUUUUAAGGCAACCGACUGCGUGGGGCACGAUGUAGCAACAUUACUAAGGGAAGCAAUAAAAAGGAGAGAGGAAUUUGACCUGGACGUGGUGGCUGUGGUCAAUGACACGGUGGGCACCAUGAUGACCUGUGCUUACGAGGAGCCUACCUGCGAGGUUGGACUCAUCGUAGGGACCGGAAGCAAUGCCUGCUACAUGGAAGAAAUGAAGAAUGUCGAGAUGCUGGAGGGGAAUGACGGGCGCAUGUGCAUCAACAUGGAGUGGGGUGCCUUUGGGGACAACGGGUGUCUAGAUGAUAUCAGAACAAUCUAUGACAGACUGGUGGAUGAAUAUUCUCUAAACGCUGGGAAGCAAAGGUUUGAGAAGAUGAUUAGCGGUAUGUACCUGGGUGAGAUCGUCCGCAACAUCUUGAUCGACUUCACCAAGAAGGGGUUCCUCUUCCGAGGGCAGAUCUCUGAGACACUGAAGACCCGGGGCAUCUUUCAGACCAAAUAUCUUUCCCAGAUUGAGAGUGACCGGUUAGCGCUGCUCCAGGUGCGGGCCAUCCUGCAGCAGCUGGGCCUGAACAGCACCUGUGACGAUAGCAUCCUGGUCAAGACCGUGUGCGGGGUGGUGUCCAAGAGGGCUGCGCAGCUGUGCGGUGCGGGCAUGGCCGCCGUGGUGGACAAGAUCCGCGAGAACAGAGGGCUGGACCACCUCAACGUGACUGUGGGCGUGGAUGGAACACUCUACAAGCUUCAUCCGCACUUCUCUGGAAUCAUGUACCAAACCGUGAAGGAACUGUCCCCAAAAUGUAACGUGUCCUUCCUCCUGUCCGAAGACGGUAGCGGCAAGGGGGCUGCCCUCAUCACGGCAGUGGGCGUCCGGCUCCGGGAAGAGAUGAGCAGCUAAGGGUACUGGCCCCCCGGCCUGCUGCCCCUCCAGCACGUCUCUCUUCGGGCGGCCACCCCCGUCCCUCCCAGCGAGCUGGGCCGGGAGCCGCCGGCGCCAGAGCCCACCUCCGCCGCAGCGGGAGGGGCCGCAAGCCAACUACCGGCGCAUAACGUAGGGUACAAAAUAGAGCGUGUGCUGUUGAUAAUCUCUCCCCACUCCGGCCCCUCCUCACCUGCCCUGCCACUCUGCAUGAUCCGAUUUCAACCUGGUCGUCCGCUCCCCACGUGUGAAGUGUAGUGGCGCCCAUUUCCAGUUUCUGCAUUCGUCCGACAGAGUUAUUUAUUGGCCCAAGAUGAAAAGUCACGCCAUCUGACAGGCCUUAGGGGCCUCCGCAGCCCGUCCUUGGGGACCCCUCCCCCAUGUGAAAUGUAUUAUCACCAGCAGACACUGCCGGGACUCCUCCUCCCAGGGGCAUCUUAGUGGCUUCCUCCCGUCCCAGCCCCCACUGCUGUCUGGCGUCCCGAGGUUCCCAUCGAGACGUGUCCGUGCCACUGAAUCGUGUGUCCGUGGAACUGGUCAGAGCCACGUUGUGACAGUCUUGCCUUCUGUCUGUCUUGGGGGUGGGGGGAGGUGGGCAGUUCUGUGGGAAAAUGUCUUGUCUCCAUUUGGGUAAAAGGAACGAAACCAACAAACAGUGCCCUCGUUGGAAUUCCCCAUUGCUUUUGUGAGCCACGUUGUAUGACCUAGUAAACUUUGUACCAAUUCAAAGA